UUAGCGCGCCGGUUACAGCUACACCUACUGCAUUGGCGGCACGCGCCAUGCAUUCCUCGGUCGUCACAUCUCGCAAACCAGACCGCCAACAGUGACAUGAUAAUGGGUGUGGGUGAGGGCGAUAUGGAAGGCGGCAACGAUGAGUGCGUUGAGGAUGGCGACGAAGAGGUAGCCGCCAUGAUGGGACCACCUGUGUCGUUUGGAUGUUCCAACAAGUGCAAGAAAGUAAGAAGACCGUUGCCACCCCGCGAGACGUGGAAGAAGAAAAUCGAAUUCCUGCUGGCUGUUGUUGGCUUUGCCGUCGAUCUGGGGAACGUAUGGAGAUUCCCGUACAUUUGCUACCAGAACGGAGGAGGCGCAUUUCUUAUACCGUACGUGGUCAUGUUGGUGUUUGGCGGGUUGCCUUUGUUCUACAUGGAAUUGGCAUUGGGGCAGUUCCAUCGAUGCGGAUGCCUUACGGUUUGGAAGAAGAUCUGCCCGGCGUUGAAAGGUGUAGGAUAUGCUAUAUGCCUGAUCGACAUGUACAUGGGGAUGUACUACAACACGGUGAUAAGUUGGGCGGUGUACUAUCUGUUUUCGUCGAUGAGGUCCGAACUGCCCUGGACCAGUUGCAACAACCCGUGGAACACUCUAAACUGCACUCCGGUCACUAACUUGACGAGCCUGGUCAACAGCUCCACUAGUCCGGCCAGGGAAUUUUUCGAGAGGAGCGUUUUGGAACAGCACAGGGCCGACGGUCUGGAAAGUAUAGGCGGCAUCAAGUGGUCUUUGGCGCUGUGCUUGCUGGCCGUGUUCCUGUUGGUGUACUUUUCGCUGUGGAAGGGCGUGAGGAGCACCGGUAUGGCCGUUUGGGUCACGUCGCUCGCCCCGUACGUCGUGCUGUUCAUGUUGCUUUUCCAAGGUAUAUCGUUGCCGGGCGCCGGAGAGGGCAUACGCUACUACUUGACGCCGCAGUGGCACAAACUGGUCAACACUAAAGUGUGGAUAGACGCGGCUUCGCAAGUGUUCUUCUCGCUGGGCCCGGGAUUCGGCACUCUGCUCGCGCUGUCCAGCUACAACAAGUUCAACAACAACUGCUACUGGGACGCGAUAUUGACCAGCUCCAUAAACUUCUUGACCAGUUUCUUGGCCGGUUUCGUCAUAUUCACCAUGCUCGGGUAUAUGGCACACGUGCAAAACAAGAGUAUAUCAGAAGUGGGCACCGAAGGUCCCGGUUUGGUGUUCAUCGUUUAUCCCGAAGCCAUAGCCAUGAUGACCGGUUCGGUGAUGUGGGCCAUAAUAUUCUUUUUGCUGCUCAUCACAUUAGGUUUGGACAGCACGUUUGGGGGUUUGGAGGCCAUUAUUACAGGUCUUUGCGACGAAUACCCCAACGUGUUGAAGAGACACAGAGAACUGUUUGUCGCUGCCUUGGUGGCCGUCAUCUACAUACUGUCAUUGCCCACUACUACAUACGGUGGAGUCUACUUGAUAACGUUGCUGAACGUGUUCGGACCAGGAAUCGCCAUACUGUUUGUCGUUUUUGUCGAGGCGGGCGCCGUGUGUUGGGUUUAUGGCGUUGAUCGGUUUGCCAACGAUAUUGAGAUGAUGAUUGGACACAAGCCCGGUUUAUUUUGGCGUCUUUGUUGGUGUUACAUAAGUCCUGCAUUCUUGCUGCUGAUAUUCGUUUUCUCCAUUCUGGGCUACAAAGACAUGAUGGCAGGCGGAUCGUACGACUAUCCGGAUUGGAGUAUCAACAUGGGCUGGCUAAUGACCGCAUCGUCGAUUAUGUGUAUCCCGUUGUAUUUCAUCUACAAAGUGCUUAAGACACCGGGGCCGUGGAAAAAGAAAUUCCAGUUGGCCAUGAAACCGGAAGACCCAGAACCGGACGACCGUGACAUGGUGACGGCCGUGCGCGGCCUAGGCGGAAGCGUUGGCGACGGCGGCGGCGGCGGCGGCGCCACGCACGUCUGACUUGAAUGGCUCGUCUGAACAGUGGACGACGGUCUGCGGCCGGACGACUCGGACACCGGAAAAUCCGCAUUGGACCUAACCCGACCGGUCUUGCCGGAACCGCGUCCGGUAAGGUCACGUCCGCCGAUCGUAUACGCUUAUCGUUAAUAAUAUUAUUACAUUAUAUCUUAUCGGAAACAUUAAUAUCGGUUUAAAAUAAAAAUAAAAAAACGCUUACGGCUUUUAACGGUCUUGUAGCUAUUAAUAGUGCGUUAAUUAAUUUAUCUUAAUAACGUGUAAUUCAUUAAUUAUUUGUAUUACUUUAUACUUAUAAUAACAAUAUUAUAUAACCAAUAUUAACGUGUUAAUGUCGCAAUAAUGUAGUCAAAUGAAGUAAUUUAAUUAGAUGUUAAACUUAGUGUGUCGCUGUUAAGUAGUUGAAUGUGUUCUUACAUAACGUUAGUUAUUAUUAUAACAUUAGUGUUUAAAUUAAUUAAAAUAUAUUAUAACGUUUAAGUCUUAAAAACAACAAAAUGUCCUGAUCAAAAAAUAAUUAAUCGACAUCUACCAUCCUAUGUCGUACUGUACAAAAAUAUGAGUAAUAACUACUAUUAAUAUUUGUAUUGUAUAAUGUGUAUUGUAUGUGUAUGUCUUUUUUUUUUUUUUGAAAAAUACUUUAAGAUAAUAUUUGUAUUUUAGUCUUAAUAUUAUGUUCAAGCGUUAAUAUUGUAAAAUCUCGAAGGGUUCUGAUACUUAAAUAAAUAUAUUAUUAUAAUAUUAAAUAUUAUUAGCCCAGGCUUUUGAUCCUGUAGAAAAUUAACUAUUAAUCAAUCAUGAUUGUAAUUUUAAAAAAAAUUUAUAAUAUUAUUAUUAUCGUUAAUCGUUUAGUAGCGUGUAAUCAAAUACUUGUUAGCUGUUAGUCUUUGGUGUGUUUGUGAAUAGAAGAUAUUAACAUAUGGUAGUUUAUUAGUUAUACUUAACUAUUAUAUAUUGUUUGUAACCUACUGCUGCAUUUGGACUAUAAAACGUUAUAAUAAUCAGCGUACGAUUUUUUUUUAAUUAAUAAUAAUAUUAGUGGUGUUUUUUUUGUUGUUGUUUAGAGUAGAUGAUAAUAAAAAUAAGUGAAAUAUAAUAUACAAGUAGAUCCGAGCUUUGUGUGUGUGUAUACUAGUCUCGCCUCGUACUAGACACACUAUUAUUAGCAAAAGUAUAAUUUAAAAAAAUAAUGUUACAAUCAAAUGAUAUUCCACUGUGGUUACCAUUAUAAUAUGGACUUUUAUUUAAUUUAACAUAAGUUAUUCAAUUUUUUUUUUUGUUUUCAAUUCACAGCAAAACAUCAACAGUUAUACCUACUAAUAAAAAUCCACUAACAAUCUAGUGCAUCUAAUUAUAUUUAUCUAUUUUACAAUAACUUUGCUUUAACCGUUUUGAUUCUUUGUAUUUACCAAUUAACAUUAUUAUGACGAUAAAGUCGUUAACAUCAAAAGCUAUAAUAGGUCUCUUAGACUUGUAUGCUUUGAAUUUAAAUAAAUACUAUUAUUAACCAACGAUUAGCUAUUAAGGUCUGACACUUAAUAUUAACGAUUUUAAUAAUAUAUAUUAUUACUUAUUGAUUAUUAUGAUAAAUCGACUUAAUACUAACACUAAAAUUAUACAAUCAUUUUUA